AUGCCGGAACGAAUAAUACCCUUGGCGCAGCUCGUCAUGCUGGGCUGCGACGCCAUGAUAAUCAUUCAAGUCGAGCGAGCGCGAAGGCCCUCGGAAGACAACAAAGGAAUCAGUAUCAAUAUAGGCGCUGUAUUCCUGGCUUCGGCUGCCUUGCUGUCAUUCAUGGCAUUUUGCGCCUCUUUCGACCCCAUCAAUUACAGGUGGAACCUCUUCCUCACGUCUGUCUCGGUUGGCGACCUCAUUUGGGACAGCAUUGCCAUGUCUUUGGCAUUAAUUGCAGGUGUGUACUUGUUAAGGCACGUCGACUCUGCCACGGUUGCCUUGUUUGCCAUGUCAACCACUGUUCUGGUCCAUAUGGAGAAGCAAGUGCUUGAUGGGCUACUCAUUGAGGCAUGGUCGAACUCGUGGGGUCUCCUGACUGGCCUAGUCGUAUUCAUUGGAGCAGGUGCGCUAUUCCGACGACCAAGAACAUCAUUCAUGGCUCCAUGCCCAACGAAAGAGGGCCCCUCCUGGAAAAGCAAGGCUGGAGGAUAUACCCUACUUGUAUUCCUUCUUGUAUUCGUUCAGACGAUAUUCCUCAACUCGGGAAACUUGCGGAAAAGUUCCAUUAGUGAAGCGAUCACUAGAUCCCAAUUGCAAUCAGAGGCAUGGAUUGCUGGGGCGCACAAGAGUAAAACGCUUGAUGAGGCAGUGCGCGAGUAUAGCCGCAGGUAUCGAAUGCCACCGCCACCUGACUUCGACAAGUGGUAUGAAUACGCGGUCUCUGUGGAUUCGCCCAUCAUUGAUGACUUCACCCAGAUUCACAACGAUCUUCUGCCCUACUGGGGCAUCUCACCACAACUUCUGAGGCAAAGGACCACUCAUUUAUUAACCCAUCCAAAGAGCUCAUUUGGAGGUAUCAUUAUAGAGGGAGGCAGUAUUCAGAUCUCGCCCCACAUACAAGGGACUCACCGUUGGAUGAUGGAAGUUAUGCAAACCAUGAUUGAACCAUUUGCGCAGUGGCUUCCCGAUAUGCAACUCGCCUUCAACCUUGAUGAUGAGUGUAGAGUAUCCAUACCAUAUGCUCAAUCCACCACACUGAAAUCCGAGGGUCUCAAGUCGCAAAAUCGUCUAGCGUCACAAGUCGAACUUCACGGUUUUAGUUCAUCUCAGCAUCCGCCUUGGGAGAGAGACUAUCUGGCCAUUCAAGACGAGGACGAAUUGGAGGCGCUGUGGGAAAGGGAUUCGCCAUGGUUUGAGAAUUGGUCGAAAUCUCCUAUUUUCUAUGAGUACAUCUCAUCCACGUGCCCUUCUGAUGCGCUGGUCAACAAAAUGCACUGGUGGAAUAGGAAAGCAAUAUGUGUUCGAUGCUCUGCACCACACAUGGCAGACGGCGUUGUUUCGAACUGGUCUCUCUCCGGCGAUCUGUGCCAUCAACCUGAUCUGGCGUAUCUCCAUGGCUUCCUUAUAUCCCCGGCAGCCAUGGCGGCGACUCAUUCGCUAUUUCCCGUCUUCAGCCAGAGUCGUAUGCAUAAUUUUGCCGAUAUAUUGUAUCCAAAUCCCUGGAACUUUGGAGACAAAGUUCAGUACGAUGAUGAAAAGGGCAUUCCCUGGAGCCAAAAGUUGAAUGGUCUCUACUGGCGCGGGGCUUCUUCCGAUGGCUUCGCCGCCCACGGGGCUUGGCAGUCAUUUACACGUGCCCGUUUUGUGCAUUUGGCACAAAGGCUGAAUGCUUUUUUCAGCACAUCUGUUCUGGAUUUCCCACACGCCUCUGGUGCUGGAUUUCAGAGCUCUUCGGACAACGAUGCACCCAUUGCACCAAACGUGUCUUUCGUAGGUCAAUUUGAGCGCUGCGACGAGCGUGACUGCGCCGCUGAGCACACAACCUUUUACAGAAAUGCCUACUCGGACCCAGCACCUUCCGUUGAUUUUCAAGAGCACUGGAAAUUCAGACAUCUCGUCGACCUCGACGGGGCCGCCUUUAGUGGUCGAUUUAUUCCAUUCCUUAAGAGCGCAUCGCUCCCCUACCGUGCCGCGUUGUUCCGGACGUGGUGGGAGGAGCGAGUACACCCGUGGCGGCACUUUGUGCCCGUCGAUGUGCGAUUGAACGAGCUGUGGAACGUUGUUGCUUAUCUGAGUGGUGGUGGUAAAAAGCAUGCUGAAGUCAUUGCAAGGGAGGGGGGCGAAUGGGCCAAGAAAGCACUUCGAAAGGAAGACAUGCGCGUCUAUAUGUUUCGGCUACUGUUGGAAUGGGGUCGACUAAUUGAUGACAACAGAGAGGGGCUAGGUUUCGUUGCACAGUCAUGA